CCGGAAACUGUUAUGACGUGUACAGUGACAGCGUCACUUUGUUAUGUACACCAGCUGAUCUGGCCGUAAAGACGACGAUCAUCAGCACAACAGCGACCACCGGACUGCAUCAUAAUCUAUCAGAUGCUUUUGCGAAAUGAGCUAACGAGUGGGGGACUUUAUUAAUCCUUCCAGUGACAUUGCUUUUCUCUUGAUUAUUUUGCUGUGCAGUCAGGGCCGAAAAUACCUGGUUAGCGAAGCUAAUUCUCACGUCUCGUUUGCUAGCGUUCAAGAUGCAUGUAACUAGCUACCGAAACUAUUUGUGAAAAUGGUGGACACUCUGAGAACGAACAGUUUGCCCUAAGGGCAUCGGGUAGUGUUAUUUGCCUAAAAUCGGCCUUGUUUUGAGCGUCUGUACCCUGAUACAUCUAGCUAGCUAGAUAAACCUUGAAGUUGUCCAAGCUAACUGUCUACUGUAACAUAGUUGCAGUUAGUGACAACUGCUACAUCGAGUAGGCUAAACAAAACCUCGAGACACCAAUGAAAAGAUACGGGUUCUGACCCUGCUAUUUACCCCCGUAACUACAGUAACCCCCUUGCAGUGUAAGAUGUGGUUAAAACUAUUUUUCUUGCUGCUGUAUUUUUUGGUGUUAUUCGUUUUGGCCAGAUUUUUUGAAGCAGUUGUCUGGUAUGAAACGGGUCUUUUUGCCACCCAGUUGGUUGAUCCUGUAACCCUGAGUUUCAAUAAAUUAAAGACCAUUCUAGAAUGUCGAGGACUGGGAUACUCUGGGCUUGCAGAGAAGAGGGAUGUCAGAGAACUGGUGGAAAAGUCAGGUAAACUUUUUCAUGACAGAAACCAAUUUUAUCAAAACAACAUCACUUGCAAAUAGAGUGAUCUGAUAUACUCUCAGGCUUGUUUUAAAUUACAUCCAAAUAAAUCCAUAUUGGUGGUGGAAAAACGGUCUAUGACAGUAUCAGUGCACUUGUCAUUCUGAAAGCUGCUAGAAAGUGGGUCAAAGUUGUCUCACUCAAAGGAAUCAUGAUCCGCUAGUACUCCUCACAUAUCAUGAUUCGCUAGUACUCCUCACAUAUGAUUCGCUAGUACUCCUCACAUAUCAUGAUCCGCUAGUACUCCUCACAUAUGAUUCGCUAGUACUCCUCACAUAUCAUGAUCCGCAACAGUACUCGUCACAUAACUGUGUUUUAUUCUUCUAGGUGACCUGAUGCAAGGGGAGUUGUACUCUGCCAUCAAGAAUGAAAAGGAGCAAGCUGAGUCCCAGUCUGAGUCCAGCACUACCUUCAGUGGGGAGAUGCAUUUUUAUGAGUUGGUGGAGGACACCAAAGAUGGCAUUUGGUUGGUCCAGGUAGGUGGAUAUGAUUGCUUUAUUGCAUGCCCCCUUUAGACCUCUUCCAAAAGUAAUACAGCAUCUUAUAUAUUACCUCACAUGGCUACCAUUUUUAACAUAAAAUGUCUGAGCUCUUCCAGAAGUAAAAUUUUUGAAUGUUCAAAAUGUUGAUGUUGAAAUCUUCAGACUAAAAUAAAUAAUUGUUGUUUUGACUCUAACACUGUACUUUGUUCCUCAAUGUCUGCUACUUUUCACAUAUAUUGAGGAUGACGAUAAAUUAACACAAAACAUCAAGCAGUGAAAUAAAUGAUACAAUUCCUACAUUAAACACUGAUGUUAUAUCGUCCUUUAUCUCUUUCUGUAGGUAAUUGCCCAAGAUCGAGAUGCUCUUUUGAGCAAAGCCAACUGGGGUAAAAUGGUCCAAAAGGUUUCUCAGUUUGGCAUUCGCACUGGCACUUUUAACUGCUCCAGUGACUCAAGGUAAGUUGGAUGCAAACUUGAACUGCAUAACACUUAAUUAUAUUUGUCAAGUGCAUGAUAUUUGUAUUUAUUAUGGAUCCCAUUAGCUGCUGCCAAGGCAGCAGCUACUCUUCCUGGGGUCCGGCAAAAUUAAGGCAGUUAUACAAUUUUAAAAACAUUACAAUACAUUCAUAACAGAUUUCACAACACACUAAGUGUGUGCCUUCAGGCCCCUACUCUACUACCAAAUAUCUACAACACAAAAUCCAUGUGUACGUGUGUGUAUACAUUUGUCUAUGUUUGUGUUGCUUCACAGUCCCCGCUGUUCCAUAAGGUGUAUGGUAAUUCUUCAUGGUAAUUGUUCUAGUUGCAUUCUGGUUUAGGGUACAUCAGUAUUUGCAUUUUAGUAGCCUAGUUGAUUAUCCUUUUAUCUCUUGCAGGUAUUGUCGUAAACGGGGUUGGAUGAAAUCCACACUUAUAAUGUCUGUGCCCCAGACCUAUGCUUCAAAAGGAAAGGUUAUGCUGAAAGAGUACAAUGGCAGACGAAUUGAGACGGAGCAUAUCUUCAAGUGGAUGACGGCACACGUAGCGUCCCGUAUAAAAACCAUCCGCAUGUCUCAGCAGCUUGUUGAAGAGUGGCACCCCAGUGAGAAGCACCCAGUGAAGAUGUUCCUAUUUGCCAAGCUGGCACAACCCCCAGCCUUUUUUUCAGCACUCAGUGUCAAGUUCACAGGUCGGAUCGAGUUCAUCUUUGUAGAUGUGCAGAGCUGGGACAAUAUAACCUCCCUGGAAGAGAUAGGUGUGCAACAGUUGCCAUCGUACAUCCUGAAAAUGCCAGAGGGCAUCUACAGAUAUGGGAACAGCAUAGGAGAGUUCAUCUCUCUACAGGCCAUGGACACUUUCCUCCGUUCGGUUCAGCCAGAGGUCAACGACCUGUUUGUGUUGAGUCUAGUCAUGGUCAACCUCAUGGCCUGGUUGGACCUGUUCAUAACACAGGGCGCCACCAUCAAGCGCUUCGUGGUUCUCAUCAGUACUCUGGGGACCUACAACUCCCUACUCAUCAUCUCCUGGCUACCCAUCCUGGGGUUCCUACAGUUGCCAUAUCUGGAGGGCUUCUACGACUACAGCCUCAAGCUGUUGCGUUACGCAGACACCACCACCAUUGCCUCCUGGGUGAGGACUGACUGGACAUUCUACUCCUCCCACCCCGCCCUGUUCCUCAGCACAUACCUGGCACAUGGGCUGCUCAUCGACUACUUUGAGAAGAAGAGGAGGUGCAACAAUGAAGAAGAGAACCCAAAUAACUUGGAGUGGCUGUCCAGCCUCUGGGAUUGGUACACCAGCUACUUGGUCCAUCCCAUAACCUCCUUUCAUAACUUCCCCAACGAGUCUGACUGGGACGAUGACCCCAAUUUCCUUCUGGAGAGGUUGGCCUUCCCCGAUCUCUGGCUUCACCCGCUUAUCCCCAUCGACUACAUCAACAACCUGCCCACCUGGAGGUUCAAGUGCACACAGGUCUGUGGGCCAAACUCUGAAGAGAACAGUGGCAGAGAUCUGGACAGCAACAUACAAAACACUACAGGAGGACAGACCCAAGGCUUAAACAGUGAGCAUGAAGAACAUGGCUGUGGUAAAGAGAGAGAUUGUGCUUCUGAUUCAUGUUGUCAUUCUGGAAAUGGUGAGGAUGUACCAUGCAUGAAAAGGGAAGCGCAAGAGCAGCAAGUGGAUUGGUCCCAAUGGCCCAGUGACAUGAUACACUGCACAGAAUGUGUUGUGUGUCUGGAGAACUUUGAGACUGAUUGCAUCGUUAUGGGACUGCCCUGUGCCCAUGUGUUCCACCAGAAGUGCAUUGUGGUCUGGCUGGCAGGUGGACAGCACUGUUGCCCGGUGUGCCGGGGGCCAUCCUACAAAAGGAAGCCAGUUAGAUCAUCUGGUCUGGACCAACUGGAACAGCAGGAAUAGCAGAAUGUUUCUGUCUGCCAACCUGCCUCCUGUCCUGCACUUAACUUAUAGAAAUACUUGAUGUGUCCGUCGUCAGUCCUUGGAUCCUUGUAGUUGGUUUUCAUUAAACAUUUUGGUAGUGUAAACCAAACCUACACACAAUAGGGUAUAUCAGUUGCGAGGGGAAAUGUAUUUCUAAUACUAUUAGUCUCACUCAAAAAUAAUAGCUUAAAUAAUAGAUGAAAUCUGCCUGUUGUUCAGAUAGUAGAUGAUCAAAAAUGCAUUUAAACUAUGUCAUGGAGAGACUUGAAUGCCCUAUCUUGAUGUUUGGCCCCACCCCAAAAAGAAAGCAACAUUCGGAGAAACAAGAGUUUCGGAACUGUUAUGAACAGUGACCUAGGAAAUGUAUAGGAAACCAAGUAGGAUACAUUUUGUCCUCUCUUAGCACAAUCUUGUCUAUCAACAUGGUCUACUUUAUUCUUGAUCAGUAUCAAUCUGAUGUGGAGUUGCUCCACUACCUAAGAAUUCUAUAUAUGGGCCUUGAAGCCAAUCAUUCCCAGAUUUAUUUUGAAAGUUAUAUUUCAGGCAUGUGAUUUGGUUUUUAAGGUUAAUUCUAUUUGUGCAUUCUCUUACCCUGCAGCACAAAAAAGUUUUUUGUUCAUAAUGGAAUGACCCUUGAAAUGAUGUGCUAUGCAUCUCUGUUGCUGACUCAGUUUUCAUGUAUCGUUGGAGCAUGUCAAUGCCUCUUGUCUAUGUUUUUUAACGGAUUAACAUCAUGUAGGUAGGGGAUCCCAUCAAGUCUAUUCACUUGUUCUUGUCAUCUGUGUUGUUGGAGUUUGAAAAGAGAAUUGGAAGUGUUGACAUGUAACAUGUUACUCAUUAAAAUAAACUUAAAUUUUCAUGUGGAA